AUGAGGGCAACUACUACAGCUGAAAGUUUUAAUAGAGACUCGAAGGUGGAUAUAACUUCUAGAGAUGAAACAAGUGAACAUGCUCACAAAAGGUCACAUAUUGGCAGCUCAAACCCCAUUGGAAGAUUGUUUGAUGUGCAAGGUCAAGAAGCAGUUGAUGCAGUGAUUGCACGAUUUUUCUAUGCAAAUGGAAUACCAUUUAAUGUUGAUCUCUCACAUUUCUAUGGAGAGAUGGUCCAAGCGAUCAAAAAUGCACCAGCAGGCUAUAAACCACCUGGAUAUACAAAGCUUCACACUACUCUAGUCGAUAAAGAAAAAACUCGAUUAGAGGAACAAACUGCACCAUUGAAAAGAGCAAUAGAUUGUUCAGAGGAAGAAAAAAAUGCAGAAUUUUAUCAUAACCAGUUAUGUGACAGCAUUGAGGAGGUGGGGACGUCACAUGUAGUCCAAUUUGUUACUGAUGUUGCCCCUGUUUGUAAAGCAGUAGGCAUGUUGGUGCAAAAAAAGUAUAGGCAGAUAUUUUGGACACCAUGUUGUGUGCAUUCGUUGAAUAAUGCACUUAAAGAUAUUGGCAAGUUCCAAUGGAUUACAGAUCUCAUAGAGAAGGGCAGGAAAAUACAAAUGUUCAUAUGUAACCAUCACCACACACAAGCCAUUUAUCGUAAAUUUGCCAAGGUGGAACUUCUCAAACCUAUUAAUACAUGUUUUGCAUCUUACUUCAUUCUUCUUGACCACCUUUGUGAAGUCAAAGGAGCUUUGUGUUCCCCAGUUGUUAGUGAUGCAUGGGCAACUUGGAAGCAAUCUACAUCAGAUAUUGCAGUUGAGGUGAGAGGUAUGGUCCUUGAUCAGCAUUUUUGGGCUGAUAUUAAGUUUGUUGUAGACUUUAUUAAGCCCAUAUGUGAGGUGAUCAGAUUUGCAGAUUCAGAUAUGAGGAAAAGUUACGUGGAAGAUGGAACAAACUUAACACAUCAUUGUGUUGCAUAUGCCCUUAAUCCUAAAUGGUAUGACAUAGAAGUGACCAAAAAGAGGGCUCCAAAUCAAGAUAGAGAGGUAAUGAAGGGAUUUUGGGCAGCGGUUAAAAAGAUUUAUGGCCAAGGUGAGGAUGUUUCAGUUUUGAGGACUCAAUGGAAUAAUUUUUCUCAUGGGCGAGAUGAUUUUGAUUCCGUGGAAGCUAUAUAUGAUAUGAGAAGGAACCAAUUAGGAUCAAAGAAAGCAAAGAACCUGGUGUACAUUCAUAGCUCACUUCGUCUCCUCUCUCAUGUAGACCCUGGAUACAAUGAGUGUCCUUCAGCAAAAUGGGAUCAAAUUUCACCUGAUGGAGAAGCUGCAGCCAUUUUGGAUGAAGUGGUUGAAGCAGAUGGACUAAUUGAUUUACCCCCUGUUAUUCUACCAUCAGAGGAACUUGAACUUGAGAGUGAUGACUAUUUGGAGAGCCUCAUAGAUGAGGACCUUGAUUAUGAUAUGGAUGUUCAUGGCAUAGAAGAGUAG